UUUACGUCUGUGGAACAAUAUGGGAAAGUUACCCCUCUUCAUGUUCUUCAAAGAUACAAGGUAUUCUUCAUAUUGCAAUUACGUCUUUAAAUCCACCUUCUAUUAAUUUAAAUUGUUUUGAUUGUUGCUAAAAGAUCAAUAGCCAUAAAUGACAAUCUCUUGAUAAAUCGAAUUGCUUCUGAUUUAACCUGCUUGGAAGUAGGAGCACAAUCCGUUAACCUAAGAUUAAACGAUCAUCAUGGUUUAAACCCAGAAUUCAUCUCAAUCCCCAUCUGAAACCAAAAAAGAAGAAACCCCAUGCUGUCAGGCUUCUUGGCUUUUGUGAUUAAGAAUGUUCUCAAGAAGGAUGAACUGGGUAUAGAAAUAGCACACAUUGCGCUUCCUGCAACACUUGCUUUGAUGGCAGACCCUAUUGCUUCUCUAAUAGACACAGCAUUCAUUGGCCGUAUAGGUUCUGUGGAGCUAGCUGCUGUAGGAGUUUCAGUUGCAGUUUUUAAUCAAGUAUCAAGGAUUACCAUGUUCCCACUAGUUAGUAUUACUACUUCUUUUGUUGCUGAGGAAGACGCCACCAGCAGAUCAAGUACUGAAGUGGAGCAAGACGAAAACCUUGUAAAGGGCUGUGUUGUUGACCUUGAAAUGGAAGAACUUAUGCCUCUAGCUGGCGACAAUAACACAAAAAUAGCCAGGUCUGAGCAUGAGAGAAGGCAUGUACCAUCAGCAUCUUCAGCUCUGGUUAUCGGUAGCGUGCUUGGGAUAAUUCAAACUUUGUUCCUCAUUUUUGCCGCUAAACCUCUCUUACGUUACAUGGGUGUAAAUUCUGACUCUCCUAUGCACAAGCCAGCACAACAAUUCUUGAUAUUAAGAUCACUUGGUGCUCCAGCUCUUCUUCUCUCUUUGGCUGCACAAGGGGUUUUUCGAGGAUUAAAGGACACCAGAACUCCUUUAUAUGCUAUCAUUGUGGGAGAUUCAGCAAACGUUCUUUUGGACGCAAUAUUUAUAUUCAUACUUGGUCUGGGCGUCAAAGGUGCAGCCAUUGCUCAUGUACUUUCUCAGUAUUUAAUUGUUCUCAUACUCUUUUGGAGAUUAGUUGAUAAAGUUGAUUUGUUACCUCCAAGGUUUAAAGACCUACAAAUUGGUCGAUUUCUUAAAAAUGGAUUUCAGCUAUUGGUGAAGGUAAUAGCUGUGACAUUUUGCGUGACCGUUGCAGCAUCAUUAGCUGCUAGGCAGGGAUCAACACCAAUGGCCGCAUUUCAGGUUUGCUUGCAGAUUUGGCUGGCAACCUCUUUGCUUGCUGACGGAUUGGCUAUUGCAGGACAAACAAUCCUUGCAAGUGCAUUUGCAAAGAAGGAUUAUGAGAAGACCAUCGCAGCUGCUUCCCGUGUGCUGCAGAUUGGUAUUAUUUUGGGGUUCCUGCUGUCAUUUAUUCUAGCAGUUGGGUUACAAUUAGCUUCCAGACUAUUUACAAAAGACUUUGAUGUUUUGCAACAGAUAAGUCUCAGCAUUCCAUUCGUUGCAGUAACUCAACCUAUCAAUGCCUUAGCCUUUGUUUUCGAUGGAGUCAAUUACGGAGCUUCUGAUUUUGCAUAUUCGGCCUACUCUAUGGUUUUGGUUGCAGUUAUGAGCAUCUUUUGCUUAUUCAUACUAUCCUCAAGCCAUGGCUAUGUUGGCAUCUGGAUUGCUUUAUCGAUCUUUAUGAGUUUGCGGGUGUUUGCUGGUGUUUUGAGGAUAGGAACUGGCAUGGGGCCUUGGGGCUUUCUCAGGAGCUGAUAGCUGUAAAUAUAUUAGAGUUAUUUUGUUUCUUUGACUCUGCACUUUCACAUUACCUUAAAAAUCCAACAUUAAUGUUUAUCAUUAAAAUGAAUUUGAUUCAUUGUUGAACUUCUUGCAGUUCUUGUUCUAUAUUUGUUCAUGUUACAAAGCAGUAUGUUCAAUUUUUUUUCUCAAUUUAGGUCAUUGCUUCAAGAUGUUUGCCAUAAACUAUCACUCAGAUUGUAAAAUAUGGUUGAGACAUAACUGAUAACCAUGUCUUACUUCAUUCAAAAGCCAGGAGGUAAAUAAUUGGAAAUCUUUCAUAAUCAAAGCUAUUAAAAGAGAAUUUACCACCGGUCAUUGAUCCGUUGGUAUAAUAUUGAACUUUUAGUUCCGGUAAUCAGAAUUCGAUUUCUGACAACAUAAGUGCCAAAAAAAGCUAUUAAAACUGUGCAACAACUAAUGCCAGAAGUAUAUACAAACAA